AUGAGCCCAGCCCGGGGAAAUAACUACGAGGACGACGGCUAUCGUUUGCGUCUAGCAGUCCACGAAAUGAGCCAGAAUCUAGGGGUCGAUGUUGUGCGUGGUACUUGCCACCCUUGUGCUGAGCGAUGGGCAGUCCUGUUCAUCGCAGCUGAUGGCAAUACCCUGUCUACGAAUAUGACCUACGACCCGGAUGAUGACCCGGAGGAAGAAAACUCGUCGUCUUUGACAGACACUGACGAGGACGAUGAAGCUGAGGACAGUCGCCCAGAUUUGAACAAGGAUUAUCAUCAACUACGUGAUUCAAUUCUGAAAUUAGUCGAAGACUUUGAGAUACCCCAGAGCCUGGAGGCUGAUAAGGGCAAACAAACGUUUAGCAACCGGGCUUCCGGAUUGAAGAAGUAUCGUUCAAAGAACAAAGUCAUCACUACUGAGAAGAGCAUGGCCAGUCGGAAUCCCUAUCGACAAAAGGUGGAAGCCGAACAAAGGACUAAGGCUCCGACAGGUGAAGCAUCGACUCCAUCAUCGCCUUCUGAAAGCAAGGAAGCUGUGGAUACCGCCGAAGAGAAGACCGAGCUGUCCCCUGUACUUGUGACGAUGCUCACGGCCGCCUCCUCCCAGUCGCGAGCACAAUCCGACUUUGUGUCCGCUCACUUAUAUUGGCGAACGCUCCAGCAGCUGAAUACGUUGUCCUCCGCCUCCCUUCGCGCCAAUGGAUUCUCCACUCUUCUACAUAUCUUCAGUCGUGGCCCUCGGGAUUCAAUACAUCGAUCCGCUUCUGCUAUUGAGGAGUAUGAUGCUUGGCUGGUCUGGCUCAAGCAGUCGCAGGAACGAGCUGACGGGCUUAUCGAAUCCAUGCUUCACCGCCUACGUGCUCUGCGUGAUAAGAUGUGGUACGUGACAGAUGUUUGCAACUCGGCUCCGUACGAGCAUUCGCGGAACAUCGCUGUCGCACUGAAGGCAAUGGGAACACCACGGAAAACGGAUAAAUACCAGCGCACACGAGGACGUGGCGAACGAUUACCCGCAUCCAAUUUCGUUUACCGCUCAGAGAGCCAGAUCGUGGAUCUUCUUGCUGCCAGUGAAGAUCAUGGCGGACCUAAUAAGCUUUCCGACGACCAGGCUGAGAAAACAUCGAGGUUCCUGACCCAAUACGGAAUUGAGAACUUCUGUAAGGGCGAAGAGAGGAUCCAUCGCUUCUGCUGUGAAGUAGAGGCAUGCAUUGGGAAACUCGUAGGCGAGACUAUGAUGGAUGGACCCGUCUUAUGGAGCAGUGAGCUUUACCUCCGCGACAAGGCUCAGUUUGACGGAAGCAAUGGUCGUCGUGACAGAGACAGUGCUGCCUUCCCUGAUGACGCCAGUAGCAUCAUGAGCGACCCUGAGAGACGAUUCACACCAUCCAACAACAAGCGUGACAAACCUGACUGCGAGUCAGUCAUUCAGCAACGUCUCAGCGAAGACAAGACACGGUUCCUCGACGAGCUAAGACGUACAUUGACAAGCUUGUUGCUCAGCGAUCUGGGCAACAUAGUGUUCUCUCGGGGUUCCGAGACUGACACUUGGUUCGGAGAGCUUGGCCAGGACUGUAUCGAUCGAAGGGUGGCUGCCGAGCGCAAGGCGAGACAAGCUCUGCGCGCUGAGAAGAGGCGGUCAACUAGACGUGACCUCAAACAGCGGGUUAUCGAAAAGAAGAAGAGUUUCGGCGAUCUUCGCGGUGCUGGCAACGGCCCCGAGCCUUCCACCACUGAUCGUGCUUCACCUGAUGGCCAGAACCUCGAGGUCCCAUCCGCCAACAAGACAAAGUCUAUCAUGUCUGCCAGCCCGGCGGCUACAAACACGGAUGCCAUCGUCAUGGUCCUUCAGACCCUUUUCCGGGAUCCUAGGAUCAGGCCCAAGACGCUUUUCCGGGAUCUACAGUUCAUUGCAUCUCUCGUACCAUCUACUGUCCUGGAUACAGAGCGCGGCAAGGCUUUCUGGGACUGUGGCCAAGCCGCGCUUGUUCUUAAAAAGGAGGCGGGAGAUGCCGCCGCCGCCAGCAACAGCAAGUACCGCUUCGGUGUCAAGCGCUGGGAGCUAUUCUGCCUACGGUUCCUCCACGACCGAUACCCAGGCAACAUCGUCAACAUCCGAGCCAGCUCCGGCGAACCCCCCUACCCCACCGCCACCGACCACCGCGUAUACUCUGGCUGA